AUGACCGAAAUGAGUGCGGAUGAGACAAAGUCGGCUGGAAUGCCACAAGGAAUUGAGGAGGUAGAAGGAGCAGGAUCUGCAGAAUCUACAGAAUCACCUGGAGAAGGUGAUUCCGACUCCAGAAUAGUGGCUCCUCCGCCGCCCAGACAACGUACUCUGACCCGCACGGCCGAAUUGGAUGCGGACUGCGAGGACUUGGAGCUGGACGCCGACGUGGACGAUGCGGCGGAUAGCAUCACCUUGGAGUUGGCCCUGUCGCCGCACAGCAGCACCACGCCCACUCCGUCGCCAACCACCGCCGACGAGGACUUCGCCCAGCUGGACAACAGCAAGCCCUUCAAGAUCAAGGACAUCACGCGGAACAUCCGCAAGGCCGUGGUGGCCACAACGCUGUCGGAGUUGCGGGUGAAGGUGUCGGUGAAAUUUGAACGGGCUCAGCCGGCGAUACACCUGGAUUGCGAUGGCACCGAGGUCGAUGAUGAGGAGUACUUCAGCACUCUGGAGCCAAAUGCCGAAUUGAUUGCCGUCUUCCCCGGCGAGCAGUGGCGCGAUCCCAGCGACUAUAAUGCCAAUCUGCGUCGCACCUCGCUGGAUGCUCACGGGUUGCGCAAGUUGGUGAGAAAACUGCAGCCGAACUAUAUGAACGACGAUGAUUUGGACAAGCUGUCGAACAUGGAUCCCAACUCGCUGGUGGACAUUACGGGACGUGAGCCUAAGGACAACGAAUACUCGGCGAGAAGUGAUGCCGUCAGGAGAUCCACGGAGUUGUCCUGCUAGGAAAAACGUGGUAGCUUAGGAACUGUGUGAAUUGAGAGUGUAUUUAUAGGGAAUUUGUACGAGUUUAUAUGGCUAGCAGGAGUAGUAUUUUUGGAAAACGUUUUGAUGACGGCACUUGAAGCGACCGAUUUGGAUGGUUGUACCGUGGGGUUUUAUCUCAAUAACCGUAGUAGAUCUGAAAGUUGUGUAUUUUUCGAGCCCACAUUGUCGUAGCACAUUGCAACUCACCUUGAAUGUCUAUUAUCAGCCGCUAAUUGUUCCUAGACCAAUAGCCGACCAUAUGAGCCAAAAUCUGGAGUGCCUCAAAGGUCGAUCUCCAGACUUAGAUAACCUUACCCUCACCUCACUCAACGGACGAUCAACGAAUUGCAGAAUAUAGACCUUAUCUGGGCUAUUAGAUAUAUACAUAUAUAUAGUAUAUUUUCCAUACCGGAAUCCUUGUGAAUGUCACAUCAAAAACAGUUUGGGUUAUUAGGGAGCAAACAAAAAUGUACUUUAAUUGAAUCUCAAUUAAACCAAUUAGCAAUUGAAUAAACAUUCACCCUAGGCACACAAAUAAGGGUUUUUACCCAUUUUUAUGUGUAUUUAUGAUGCAUCAAUGAACAAGCACAAUUUGCUGCACUUCUCAAAGGGUUAUAGAAAACCGAAUUAAAUUCAAUUUACAUUUAAGUUAUGUCCACAGGAAUCAAUUGAAAAUUGUAAUUUGUAACUUGAA